CCAGUGUGACAUUGCCAGGAACAGUGGGUAAUCGCUCGUUUCUUGCUCAUGACGCAGCCCGCGAAUGUAACCGUCUCUUCGCCGACUGUGACAAGGCUUGUGAGGCAUACGGUCCGAUCCCUUUCUAGUGGACGAGUUCCCCUGAUCCACUGCCUCGCAUGCCCCAUGCAUCGAGUCAGCUCGUGGGCAUUCGACUGACACUAAAUCCUUUCCGCGGUUUUAGCCUGAUACCAGGGAAAACAUGAGAUCCAACAUGAGACGUGGGAUGAACGAGACAUUUUAAACAUGGCUUGGCCAGGCGAGGCAGAGCAGGUAUAUGAAUAGAAUACGAGGUGCUUGAUCCUCCCACCAUGCCCUCGGAUUGACAUCCCCUCUCCACUCGGUUGCUGGCAACCAUGCACUUUUUAUCUCUCGCCCUGUUGCCCUUUGCCCUCGCUCUUCCCGCUCAAGUCCCCAUGAUCGUCCGAGAUAUCAUCGAUGUCGACUUUGACUCGUGCAGUGCGUCCAAUUCGGUCCUCAACAUUACCAUCUCACCGUGUGAGGUGGGCAAUGGGUCGAGAGAUGAUCCGUGUCAUUUCAGUGCAGGAAGCAAUUACACCAUCACCCUUACCUACGUCCCGCCCAGCAACUCGUCGGCGCCUCGUGCAAAUCUCGCCGCAGAGGAUCCGGCGGGAUCUGGAUACGCCUACUCGGGGCAGAGCUUUGGUGCAUGCGAGUAUACCGCUUGUCCGAUAGAGGAGAAUGUCAUCUCGACGUAUACCUACAAAUUUGUGACUUUAGAUAGCCCAUUCAAUCGUCUCACCUUCAAUACCACGGACGGCCUUGAAGGCCCGUCCCUGAUGUGUGCUUCUUUUCCAGUUGUCUUGUGAGUAGCUUUUGCGGCUGUUGUUGACAUCAUCAGCGUCCCACCAUCCUCCAGACGGU